GAAGCUGACCAUAGACAGACAAGCCAAACUCUCUCUCUCUCGAGUUCUUUUUUUUCUUUUUUCUGACUUGGUUUGGUUAUCUUUGUUUCAAGUAUUAUGCUUCCUUAAGAAACAAACAAAGCCUUCCUCUCCUUUUCUAUCACUUUCUCUGUUCAUAGUUUCAUUAUUUUUUCUUUUCUUUUUGAAGCCUCUCUUCCCUUUGGUUUCUGCCUUCUGUGAUGGCUGCUCGUUAUGAUCCAAACCCUUUUGAUGAAGAGGAAGUUAACCCUUUCUCUGACCCGGCUGUGAGGUCGAAAGCAUCAGGGCAGUCGAACUAUAGUGGGAGUGCAUUCAACACAACAGGUGUUCCUCCUGCUUCAAACUCGAGGCUUUCACCACUUCCUCCUGAACCUGCUGGUUUUUACAAUUAUGGCACCACGGUCGACAUUCCUAUUGAUGCAGCUGCGGAUUUAAGAAAGAAAGAGAAGGAACUUCAGGCUAGGGAGGCUGAGCUGAUAAGACGGGAGAAGGAGGUAAAGAGGUUAGAAGAUGCAGCUGCAAGAGCUGGAGUUGUCCUGGAAGAGAAAAACUGGCCACCAUUCUUCCCAAUAAUCCAUCAUGAUGUAGCAAACGAAAUACCAGUUCAUCUACAAAAAAUUCAGUACGUUGCAUUUACAACAUUUUUAGGAUUGACUUUUUGUCUUUUCUGGAAUGUCAUCGCUGUUACAACGGCAUGGAUUCAAGGCGAAGGGGUGAAAAUAUGGUUUCUUUCUGUUAUCUACUUCAUAUCAGGAGUUCCUGGAGCUUAUUUUUUGUGGUAUCGUCCACUCUAUCGUGCAUUUAGGACUGAGAGUGCUAUGAGGUUCGGGUGGUUUUUCUUGUUUUAUGUGCUUCACAUUGGCUUCUGCAUCUUUGCUGCUGUGGCUCCUCCUAUAGUUUUCAAAGGAAAAUCUCUCACUGGUAUUCUGGCUGCUGUAGAUGUUGUGGGUAACAAUAGUAUAGCCGGGAUCUUCUACUUCAUCGGAUUUGGUUGUUUCUGUCUUGAAUCACUGCUAAGCAUCUGGGUUAUUCAGCAAGUAUACAUGUACUUCCGUGGAAGUGGCAAAGCUGCCCAGAUGAAGCGUGAGGCUGCUAGAGGAGCAUUGAGGGCAGCAGUUUGAUUCUAUGCGCUUGUAAGAAAGCAUCACGGUGACCUUGUGUGUGGAUUUAGGUUGUAAAUGCUAUUAGAUGCAUAGACUUGGGAUACAACGUAAAUAUAGAAACACAGCUUGCUUGAGCCUGGCUUUGUUAGACCAAUUUCAUUACUGUUAAAUUUCUUGCUCAGGGUAUAGUUAAUGGAUUUUGCAGGUUGCAUUUUUCUUC